UUUUUUUUUUUUACUUGAAAGAAAAAUAUUUUUUCAAGUUGGGAAAUUAUUGGAAAAAACUCACUAAAUAAUAGGAAUUUGUCACAGCAAUGGAGAUAUUCCAUUCCUGUUGAAAUCUUCACCACUUAAGAUUUUGAUGUCCAGAGCUGGUCUUUGAGGUGAAAAAUUGAGGUUUCAUUUCCUGGAGCCUUGGCCAUCUGGGAGGGCAGUUAAUUUAAGAGCUGUGCAGAUGAUCCUGUGGGUAGAUAAGCUCAUAUCUUAUGUUAAUGUUGGGGCCAACUGAAAUUUCUGAUCUGUGAGACAGAAGGAUGCAUCCUUCAGAGUGCCAAAAAGCAUGGCCAUUAAGACUUCAGUUUGGGAUCUGGGAAACUUCAGUGAGUCCCUGCUUUUAAUCAGCUACAUUUUUAUUCAGACCAGGAACUUAACUUAGGUCCUCACAUGACCUACAUAGCUUCUUAGAGCAGGGGUGAUUCUUUCGUGUGCAGUAGUUCUGGAACACAUCAAGGAGAUGAAACGAGCAGUGCUCAAAUGCUUAAUCCCUUGUGUGGAACUGCUCUGUUAGGAAAGGUCAAGCGGGGUACCCUACAACAGGCCUAUGGUAUUCAUUUUUGGAUAUUGGUGAACCAAGAAAUUUAAUUUAGAUCUUCUAAGCCUAGUACCCUCAACAUCAGCACUUAGGAUGGUAUGACACAGCUCACUUACAUACUCUUUCUCUUGUUCAAAGCAAAUUGGGUUUUCCACUGUUGAAAUCUGGAAAAUUAAAGCCAAAUUCAGGAUGUUUUGUGAGAUGGGAAACAGUUUUCUCCCCAGCUCUAUUUUGGAUUGGGAUAAGGGGUUUACUCUUUUAGCAGAAGACCUUAUUGCAUAAUGCAUGAUGCUGUCUGGCACUAGAAUCAAACAUAUUUAUCUGCCUUUCCAGACCCAGAAAUAUCUUUCUAAAGGUGAAAACUUUUUUUUUUUUUUUUCCUGUUUCAAUAUUCAGCUCUUCUCUUAUCAUUCCUGACUACCCCAGCCUUAACAAUGCCAAUUUAUUCCUUCCAGUCUUAACACAGAGUUGUUUUAUUUUCUUGAUGUGUGUAGGUGACACAGAUUUUAAGUCAUGGACUUUAUUAGAAAUAAAUCUAGAUAAAAUGGAAUUUAAAAAUGUGCAUUAUAAAGGAAAUUGCAUUUUCUUUACAUUUCUUUAAAUUAAUCUCAUUUGAUUUAUAGCCUUACGUCCUAGAAAGACAAUUCUGCGUUGACCACAACUUGAAUCUAAUUAGCAAAUUCCUGUAGUAUAGAAAUGCAUUCCACACAGAGUAGCCUUUAUAUUUAGCAGAUAAACAGUAUACAUCAUGGACUAAGGAUCUAAAUAAGGGUACAAGACAUUGAGAGGUAAGCACUUUAAUAAUUUUAAAAUAAUUUUUCGUUUUAUAUGUAGCAAAAUGGAAGAAUGCAUAAUAUGUAUAUAUAUUUAAUUUUCAGUUUUGUUUUGAUUUCAUCUUGAAGUAUUAGAAAGUUCUCAAAGAGCCUAUUUGAAACAAAAUUGUAGCUGCUGCCUUGAGGGCGUUAACUGCCUUCAGUUGAAUUUAUACAGCUUCAAGGGAGGUGAUGGAGGACCAAACAUCUGUUUUUUUGGAAAAAAGACAUGAAGAAAAAGAAUUGGCCAUGGCCUCAGAUGUGGUGCAAAUGUAUAUGCGUAUAUAAAUAUAUGUGUAUAUAUAUAUAUAUACAUGUAUAAAACCAAAGGAGGAAUUAAAGUCGUAUUACUACUGUACUUGUGCACUUCUGCACAUCUGUAAUUAGAAACUGGUCCUAACAGAUACUGAGACAUAGCUCCAUUUUUGGUAUGUAUUGGCACAGUUGGUCAACCAGUUUACUUGCUCAAAUGUAAGGCUGUCUCUCAAACUGCCAAAACAGACUGUAGAGAAAAUUGGCAGAAGAUGCUGUGAACAAGGCCUGGAGUUUCAUUUGUAGUAUUCAUGGUGUAAUGCCUGCAGAUACUUGUCUCUAAGGAUUUUUCCCCUGCAUUGAACUCAAGUGAAGGAGAAGAAUAGCAUGAAAGGAAACAAGAAAAAUUGAUUGCAACAUGAAUGUCUACAUUUCACAAAGCCAACCAUGGCACAUCAACAAAGAGACUGGAAAUUUGUAUGGUGACUGAACACAUUACAGAAUCACAGAAUGGGCCAGGUUGGAAGGGACCUUGAGGAUUAUGAAUCUCCAAUCUUCCUGCCACAGAUGCAGAUGUAAAACCUUACGUUAAUAUGCACUUACUGAACAUCCUAAUUGGAGUCUAAAACAGCUAUAUGCAAACACUGUGACACCAUGUCCAUUGGAAUAAGAAUGUAUUUCAGUUUCGUGUUAGCUGGACUUCAUAUUGGGAAAGAGUUUUCAUUGUUGUUUUCUCCAAGUAUUAAAAUGCGAGUAUCUGUCACUCAGGAGUUCACAGAGGAUGAAAAUGAGAAUGGAGAAGAAGAAAGGGUCUUCCUCAAGCCUGUUAUUGAGGACAGAAACAUGGAGCUGGCCCGAAAAUGCAGUGAAAUAAUAAGUGAUGUACACUACAAAGAAGAAUUUGAAAAAUCUAAGGGCAAGUGCAUAUUUGUACCUGACACCCCUCAGCUAAAACAUGUGAAAAGUAUUGGUGAUUUUAUUUCUGAGGUGAAGUACAAAGGAGCUGCUAAGAAAGACCUUUCCAACUCUCUUUAUCAGCAGAUGCCAGCUACAAUUGACAGUGUAUUUGCAAAAGAAUUAACUCAGCUGCAGAGCAAGGUUCUGUAUAAACAAAAACAUGAUGCUGAGAAAGGAACUUCAGAUUAUGCACAUAUGAAGGAACCUCCGGAUAUUAAGCAUGCCAUGGAAGUCAGUAAAUACCAGAGUGAUGUGUCAUAUAAGAGGGAUGUGCAAGAUACUCACAGAUACACUGAAGUGCUGAACAGGCCAGACAUAAAGAUGGCAACAGAGAUAACAAAGAUAAUAAGUGAUGCUGAGUACAAGAAAGGAAGGGGAGAGAUGAACAAGGAACCCGCUGUACUUGGAAGACCAGAUUUUGAACAUGCUAAAGGAGUUUCUAAACUUCUAAGCCAAGUGAAAUACAAAGAGCAGUUCAAAAAAGAAAUGAAGAGCCACCAGUACAAUCCUCUUGACAGUGCUUCCUUCAAGCAAGCACAGAUUGCAUCGACCUUGGCAAGUGAUGUGAAUUACAAGAAAGAUUACAAGGAAAGUCUGCACGAUCCAGCCUCUGAUCUACCAAAUCUGCUGUAUUUAAACCAUGCUUUGAAUAUCAGCAAAAUGCACAGUGAUGUCAAGUACAGAGAGAAUUAUGAGAAAUCUAAAGGCAAAUCAAUGCUUGAGUUUGUGGAUACACCGAUGUACCAAGUUUCAAAGGAUGUUCAAAAGAUGCAAAGUGAGAAAAUAUAUCGCAAAGAUUUUGAAGAAAGUCUUAAGGGAAGGCCCUCUCUGGAUUUAGACAAGACCCCAGAGUUCUUGCAUAUAAAAGAAGUCACUAAUCUUCUGAAGGAGAAAGAGUAUAGAAAAGAUUUGGAAGAAUGGAUGAAAGGAAAAGGAAUGACAGUGUUUGAAGAUACGCCAGAUUUGAUUAGAGUUAAAAAUGCGGCUCAGAUACUAAAUGAGAAACAAUACAAGAAAGACCUGGAAACUGAAAUUAAAGGGAAGGGCAUGCAAGUUGGUCCAGAUACUCCUGAGAUAAGACGAGCCAAGAAAGCUUCUGAAAUUGCAAGCACUAAAGAAUAUAAGAAAGACUUGGAGAAUGAAAUUAAAGGAAAGGGAAUGGAAGUGGGCAUGGAUACUCCUGAUAUACAACGAGCAAAGAAAGCUUCUGAAAUUGUAAGCCAGAAAGAAUAUAGAAAAGAUUUGGAGACUGAAAUUAUAGGAAAAGGGAUGCAAGUUGGUCCAUUUACUCCUGAAAUACAACGGGUGAAAAGAGCUUCAGAAAUAGCAAGCCAGAAAAUGUACAAAGAUGAAGCAGAGAAGAUGCUCUGUAACUAUUCUGCUGUCCCAGACACUCCAGAGAUGGAGAGGAUAAAAAGUACUCAGAAAAACAUCAGUUCAGUGUUUUAUAAGAAGGUGGUAGGAGCUGGCACAGCUGUUAAAGAGACUCCAGAGAUUGAAAGAGUAAAGAAAAAUCAGCAGAAUAUUAGUUCGGUUAAAUACAAAGAAGAAAUUCAGCAUGCAACUCCUAUUUCUGAUCCACCUGAACUACGGAGAAUCAAGGAAAACCAGAAGAAUAUAAGCAAUGUUCAGUAUAAAGAGCAGCUCUACAAAGCUACACCUGUAAGUGUCACUCCGGAGAUUGAAAGAGUCAAGAGGAAUCAAGAGAAUGUCAGCAUGGUUCACUACAGAGAGCAGCCUGGCAAAGCUACUGCUGUGAGCAUCACUCCGGAGAUAGAGAGAGUCAAGAAGAAUCAAGACAAUAUCAGCUCGGUGAAGUACAGCAGUGAUCAGAGGCAGAUGAAAGGUAGACGUAGUAUGAUUCUAGACACACCUGAGCUAAGGCAUGUCAAAGAAACACAAAACAACAUCUCAAUGGUUAAAUAUCACGAAGAUUUCGAGAAGACAAAGGGCAGAGGCUUCACCCCGGUGGUGGAUGAUCCUAUAACAGAGCGGGUGCGGAAAAACACCCAAGUUGUAAGUGAUGCAGCAUAUAAAGGGGUGCACCCACAUAUAGUUGAAAUGGAUAGAAGACCUGGAAUAAUUGUUGAUCUUAAGGUUUGGCGCACAGAUCCUGGCUCCAUCUUCGACAUUGAUCCUCUGGAGGACAAUAUUCAGUCUAGGAGUCUGCAUAUGCUUUCUGAAAGAGCGAGCCGCUACAGUAAGCAGUACUUACAUUCUACAAGUUUGGGAGAUUAUAAAUCAGAUGGUUCUGACACGAACCCUACCUUUUCUUACUGCAGUGAGAUAACAAGGCCAUCUGAUGAAGGAGCCCCUGUUCUCCCUGGGGCAUAUCAGCAAAGCCAGUCCCAAGGAUAUGGAUACAUGCACCAGACCAGUAUGUCGUCUAUGAGGUCAGUGCAUUCACAGCCUCAUCCAGCAGGCCUGAGAACAUACAGAGCUAUGUAUGACUACAGUGCUCAAGAUGAAGAUGAAGUUUCCUUCAGGGAUGGUGACUAUAUAAUCAACGUGCAACCAAUUGAUGAUGGCUGGAUGUAUGGUACUGUUCAGAGAACUGGGAAAACAGGAAUGCUUCCAGCAAAUUAUAUUGAGUUUGUUAACUAAUUUUUGUCUCUAGUCCUUUGAGCUUUGUUAUGAUUUACUCAGAAUCUAAUCUUUUAGAAAAAGUGAAAAGAAUCUUUUAAGACCACGUGUUCAUUACUUUAUUGCUACUAUGACAGUCUGCAUUUUCACUCAGAAUCCAAUUUAGAGUCCCUUAAAUACGGAUGAAUAAACAAGUGCUUUGAAAACAGCAUGGCUUAUAAUAGUGCUCCCUAAAAAUAAAAUAAAAAAAAUAUAUAUGAAAGCCUGGUGCUGCUAAUCCUAUAAAAUCAAUAUGCUUAAAGAGAAAAUAUCUUUUCCCUACAUUUCAGAGAGGUUGUUUCUCUUUAUAGUAACCAUAAAAUUGAUUCGCUUCUUAUGGGAGACUUCUAAUGCUUGAGAAGGUAACAUCCUCAUAAAAAUAAAAGUGUUAGUUAGAGAAUUUGAUCAUUUGAAAUAAUACCAAGUAAUACGUUUGUAAAAAACAAAACAACACAACAAACCUACUGCCCAGCAGCCUUACAAUGAAAAGGUUUAUUUUGACAGUAAAAAUUUCCCAACUCUCACCUGCAUUUAUUCCUAGAUUACCCAUUUUAUGUUUUUCACAGUGACCUCUUCUAUCAGCUUGGCUUGCAUCCUAGUCCAUCAGUUAGAUCCAUGCCUGGUUUCAUGGUUCUUCAGUAUCUUUCCCACAGAAAAUUCCUUGUGGAAAUUAUCUUGAUUAUAAAAGCUAUCAUGUCUUCUGUUUCCGUCAAAUAAUACUUUGCAUUUAAAUAUAAACUUCCAUUAGGGCAGUGUUACUUCCUUUACUUUCCCCUGUACUGCUGUAAAUAGUGUGUGAGGCCCUGGUGCUGUGCAGUCACACAAAGCAUGCAGGCAUAUCCCUUCAUCUUGCCACAGGUAACUUGCUUAAUGGCUGCCUUGCUAAUGAGCUAAUGUACUUACCCUGCUGCAGAAAUAGUUGCACCUCCAUUGAAGAGUGGAGAAGAGCAGAAAAGAGCUCUGGUUAUUGUAGUGCAUUUCAGCUCAAUGGCCUAUUUCAGUUUCCUCCAAAAUUUUUGAUGAUCUGACAGUGAGUUGUAUGUUUACAAAAUGAUUAAUGAAGGAGAAACAUAACUUUCUUUUGAAAUUUAUUCCUUUUCAUAACUGAAACUGAAGGGAAAACUAGCAAAAAAACCCAACCUUCAGCAUACUCUAUUCCAUUAAGCUUCAGUUUCUACCAUGAGUAGAAAACAGUAAAAAUAUUUUGCUGACAAACCUUGCUCCUUGGUGACAAUGAACUUAUGAUUAGGAAAUGAAGGAAUCAAGUCUCAAUCUAUGAGACUGAGAGGAGAGCUUAAAAUAAAUGGUGACAUAACAGACCUGUAAGAGAAGUUAUGUCACAGUCUUGAAACACAAGGAAGUUCCUCUUGCUUUAAGGGGAUGCCAGGAUGGUGCUGUGUUCCCUCCCAAAUAAAACUCUGUGAGGAAGGACAAGUUCGUGUGGAACUUAGCAGUUCGUGUGGAAGCUUACUCAUGUGAAUGCAUACAAACAUAAAGAAAUAAUGAAGAAAUAAUGUUUUUGCUGAUAAUGUGAUUUGUGGUAUUCAACCAUAUGAGAAAGAAGUUAAUUUUGGAGUAGGUGUCGUGUUGAUCCUGCACUGACAUUGUCCCAUUUCUGAAAUGUUAAGAACAGAACUACUGCAGAAUUUAUACAUAAUUUUGUAUGUCAUAUUUCACAAAAUAAGGAAGUCUGCUGUAUCUGUUUAAACAACAAAGAAGGAAGGCAGUACAGAUUUGUUGCAGCAACUGAAAGUUGUCAGUGCAAAUACUUCCUAGCUGCAUUUCUGCAUACAAUUAGAAAUUGGAAAGUUUAAGCAGACUUUUUUCCUGUUGUUAACAAGGGGCGAGUCCCAUGCUGCUAAACAGGGGGUGGGAUGACUGCAUUUGAAAAAGCAAAAAAAGAAAAGAAGGUAAAAGGUCAUGAAAUUGUCUAUACUUUCUUGUCUGCUGCCUAAUUUCAAGGCCAAAGCUAACUGGGAGCAUCUAACUUCAAAAAAAGUGAUUUAAAACCAGGAAUGUGAGCCUGUAAAUGUGCAAUCUGUAUGGCUUACACUGCUGUCAUUUUAAAUACUUGAAAGACAAGAGCUCUAACAGACCCUUAUGCAUUACUGGUGACUUCCACGUUAAAUUUGCUAGCUUUGCAAGUCAAAUGGGUUUUUCAAAAGGCUGCUGUGAUAGGCACAGCUAGAAACUCUCAAAAAAGCAGUCUGUUUGUGCAUUGGUUUUCAUCAACAGCAAAGAGAGAAAUCCUAUCUUAAAGUAGGUGGCAAAUUUUUCUGAUGAUGCCUGGGGCGGAAUUGGAUAUCACUUGCUGCUAUGAUGCUCUAUUUGUUCUGUAAUGCUGACAGCAAUACAAACAAGUUGGCAGAGUUGGCAGUUUGCUAACCAGACAUGAAUGCAAAGAAAUGGAGCAAACAGAUAUUUUGCAUCAAAUUGCAAAUUUUAGUCACAGAAAAGCAAGUCUCAACAUUAGCUUUCUUUCUUUGUAAGUGGGGAGAUGGCUUCCAGAGUUGAAUGUCUAACGAAAAGUAAAUAAAAAAAAUGAACAUUUGAUCUCACUGGAGAACUACGUCGUGCAAAACAACCGAAAUAAAAUGCUGUUUAUGAAUUUUGAAUAUUCAGUUGCCUGGCAAAGCACCUAAAGCAAUUGUGAAAUAAAAAAGUCAAGGAAGAAAAACAGUAUUGUAUUUCUCAUUGAAGUGGUAUGUCAGCAGAAUUUUUAAGAUCUGUUUUAAGAUACUCAUUUAUGUAGUCAGGUUUUUAUGUUAUAUGUACUCAGCAAUUAUUGUUCAUUUGGAACGUUUCCUCUUUUUUAAUAUACAACAAACUUUUUUCCCAUUGUGCAAAUGUGUUCUGAACAGUGCUAUCAAAGUUCACAAAUUAUCAGAGUGCUAUUUUCAAACUGUUGUAUAAGAUCUGAAAUUUACAAUGUACGAAGAAUAGGUCAGCAACCAAAUUGUGCCAGCACGACUUUUUCAAGGCAUAUGUUGGAGUCUGUUACAUGCUUUGGAAUGUAGGGGUGAACAGAUGUUGUAUGCUGUCCUGUCACCUUUAAAAUGUGCAUUCCUUUUUAACACUGCAUGUUCUUCUCACUGUGCUUUUUUUCCUGUUAACAACAUUUUUCUGGGGAAAGAGUUCUGAGGAACCAAAUUUCCCAAGAUAUUCCAAAGUUCAGGCUGGAAGCUCAUAUGUUCCCAUUUUAAGCAUUUUAGAAACAAGGAAGUUAUGCUAACGUUUUUACUAAUCUAUGUAUAAAUAUAUAAAACUACAUAGAGCACAUUCAUACAUAUACACAAGAACAAAUGGGUGCCUUGCUUUUCAUUACUUUUUCUUGCCUAGCUUAUCUUCAUUUUCUAAACAAAGCUACUUACAGAUCCUGCAUUUUUCAUUAUGGAACAUUAGCAUUUAAUCUUGAUGAAACAGGGUUUUCUUGAUUACAUUUGACGUACCAUAAACCACUUAAACAGAUUGAGAUUUGACAGAGAUUCACCUCCUGUGGAUUGUGUUUGUGACAAAUGUGUCCAUAGCGAGUGUUACUCGGGGAUGCAGAAGGUCUCCAAUGUUUGGAAAAGGUAGUAAUUUUAGCUUUUAUUGUACAUGCAAGGCAUGCCAUCUUGUACAAUGAAAAAGAAAUGGUGUGUAAGUCUUUGGCAGAAAGUGGUACAGGGUAUAAAAUGUUAGAUUUUAAUUAUGUUGAUUAAUACUCCAUUUAAAAUACAGAAUAAGCUUUAGUUAGUAAAUGUUUAAAUAACAUGCUGGAACAGACAGAAGAUGCUGUUGAAAGAUCUCCAAACUGAUGUGCUGGCAAAUGCAAAGUACUGGUGAGCUGUAGAAGAGUAAACCAUUUUGCAGUGCUUUAGUGAUUUUCUCCAGCUUUAUGCAAUAGGAAUCCUGUUUCCCUUUUUGAAAGAAAACCUGAAAGCUGUAUUUCCUAAACUGCCUGCAUUACAACAGUAUAUUGAAAGGAAUUUCAUAUGCUUCUUGUGUCUGAUAAAUAGAAUUUGCAUAUUGUACUUAAGUUGUAAUCCAGUUGUUGUUGACAUUUGUUUAAUUAUUAUUAUUUUAGAGGGGAAAAUAAGCUAUACUGUAGCAUUUCAAUCAUGUGUAUUUAAUAGUACUCUUAGAAGUUGCUACACUGUUGGAAGACAGCAAUGACUGUAUUAACAUUGAUUAGCAUGAUGUGGAAAAUCUCAGCUGUUGGUUUUUGCGGUGUGAUAUAAAAAGCAAAAAUGAACCGCUGUGCAGUUUGGCUUAUGUUUGCUUUCAAGUGUGUAAAAGUUUUAGUUAUCUUGCAAAACUACUGUAUUUGGAAGUAUACAGUUCUGAAGGUAACAAUUGUUUUUCAAAGGACAGAUAUACUUACUCUUGGAUCAUAUGAUGUAUCAUCUUAAUUUGGCUUUUGUUAUGCAGAAAGUUAACACCAGCUAUUAAAAUAUAUUUUAGUAGAAAUGCUUUAAUUCCUGUUUUUUCCUCUACACUGUGAAUAUUUAAGCCUUGGUGGACUAGAGCAACAUCAUGCUGCCCAAAGUACUAACCUAUGCAAACUAGUUCACAUUUCAGUUGAUGUCACAGUGGAUGUAACAUAACAAUUUAUUUUGCAUAACAUUGAAAGUCAUUCAAAUAAAAUGUUAAACCUAGCGCUAUGUAUGUAUUAUAUUCACAGUCAAUCCUCUGCAAAGCUACUAUGCCCAUUAAAAUAAGCUACUGAAGCUGAGUAUUGUUCUAGCUAAGUAAGGAUGCUGUGACUUUUCAAACUGAAGGGGAAUAUAUAGUGCUAUUUCAAGGUUGAUCUCAAGAAAUGUUUUAGAAAACAGCAGUUUAUUUCAGAAAUGCACUCUUCUCAAAGGGUUGAUUAGCCUUUUCAGUCUGUCUGUAACCCUUCAUUAGAACAGUAAGUUACAUUCUAUGUCCCUUGUUUUGUUUAAAUAAACAAAGGUAGUAAGUGAA